CCACUUGACUGCGCUGAGGAUCAGUCCUUCCGCGGUGAGCCUCGAGAGCAGAAGUGUUUGGUGAUCAGAAGCCGGUUUCGGUUUGAUUGGGUGUUUUUGGAAAGUUUAGACCUCGGACAACAUGGAGAACCGAUCGUACGUGGGCGAGUCCAGAGUGGAUUUGAACGGUGCUGGAAAUAAUCUGUCUUCCGUCCACAGCUACGACGUCUCCAACACGUCGAUAUCAUCCAACGGAGGUGAUAAGCAGAAUCAGCCAGCUAGCACAGCCUCCUCGUCUAAGCUGGUUAUAGUCCGGGACAAGUGGGGCAAAGAUGUGGAGUUUAUGCUGUCCUGCAUCGCGUACUCCGUGGGCUUCGGUAACGUCUGGAAGUUUCCCUAUACGGCGCUUAAAAAUGGCGGCGGCGCCUUUCUGAUCCCGUACCUGGUGGUUCUGUUCAUCGUGGGGCGACCGAUCUACUACCUGGAGAUGGUGAUGGGACAGUUUUCGAGUCGGGGUUGCGUCAAAAUCUACGACAUGGCACCCGCGAUGAGGGGGAUCGGCGUUGGACAAACCAUUGCCAUGUUCAUCGUGAUGACUUAUUACACACCGAUUCUGGCGAUAACCUUAAGAUAUCUGGUGGCGUCAUUUAGCGUCGUUUUACCUUGGGCCAAGUGUGAUCCUUCGUGGACUAACUGCAUCGAUUCGGACUUUGCUGGUCAGAUCAUAAGUAACUCGACGGUUCCUCCCAAGGCGUCCGCUGAACUGUACUUUCUCAACACUGUCAUGCACAAAAACGACUCUCUAUUUGACGGGAUCGGCACUCCGGAUUGGCGCCUCACCCUCUGUUUACUCUUCUCAUGGCUCUGCGUGGCCAUCAUCCUGAUCAAGGGCAUCAAGAGUUCCGGCAAGGCGUCCUACUUCCUGGCCAUCUUCCCGUACGUGAUAAUCCUGAUUCUCCUCGUGCACGCGUGCACGCUUAAGGGAGCGUUCAACGGAAUUCUCUACUUUCUAACGCCCCAGUGGGACCAGCUGUUGAACAUAACGGUGUGGUACGAAGCCGUAACGCAAUGCUUCUUCUCGCUGUCGGUUUGCUUUGGCGGAAUCAUCGCGUACGCGUCGUUCAACAAUUUCUCGAACAACGUUUACAAAGACGCCAUCAUCAUCUCCUGGCUGGACACGUUCACCUCCAUAAUCGCCGGCUGCAUCGUGUUCGGGGUGAUUGGCAACCUGGCGUACGUUACCGGUGAGACCGACAUCCAGGCCGUAGUCCAAAGCGGAGCUGGGCUCACCUUCAUGACCUACCCGAACGCGAUCGCAAAGUUUGAAUGGCUUCCGCAGCUGUUUUCGGCGCUGUUCUUCCUGAUGCUGUUCAUCGUUGGGCUGGGGAGCAAUCUGGGCGUUACGACGAGCAUUGUGACGGCGAUUCGGGAUCAGUGCCCGUGGUUGAAGAACUGGCAGGUGGUUUCGGUUGUGGGGAGUGUUGGGUUUUUAUGCGGGUUGGUGUAUUUGACUCCUGGGGGGUUGGAUCUGCUGGAUGUGCUGGAUUACUACGGGGCCAAGUACGUAACGUUGACGUUGGCCGUGUUUGAGCUGGUGACUUUCGGGUGGAUUUACGGGGUGGACCGGAUAUGCAGAGAUAUCAAGUUUAUGCUCGGGCUCAACACCAGUCUGUUCUGGAGGAUCUGCUGGGGGAUUGUUACACCGCUAGUGACUAUCCUGAUUCUGUUGCUAAGCUUCAUCGAGUACGAGGCGUUCAACGUUCCCGUGGGUUACAAUGUUCUAGGUUGGUUCAUCUACAUCCUUGCGAUUCUGCAACUGCCAGGCUGGGCACUGUACGCCGCUAGCCGACUCAGCUCCAAGACGUUCGGUACGUUUGUGGAAUCGCUGAAAAAGUCGUUCCGACCACUGUCAGAGUGGGGCCCGGGCGAGGUAGCAGACCGCACGCGCUACCAGGAAGAGGUGGAACAGCACCAAGCAACCCUACCAAGGGAUCGAAAUGUCAGCGACUUUAUCAAGCGGCGACUGUUCAGCAAAACCAGCUGAAGGCAGCUGUGCAAAGUUUCAUGUUGUUUUCAUUAAAAAAAGUACUCUUUCGAAGGGA